UUUCUUUGUAUAACUGUUAAGCAAUACUGAGUAUGUCUGCUGAAAACACUGAAAAAUUGGACAAAUUGAACAUCAACAAAGAAGGUGCCCCAGAAGGUGCCCCAGCUGGGGAUGUUCCAUUGGGUGAAGAUGGCCAACCAUUAUCUAAGAAAGCUUUGAAGAAAUUAGAAAAAGAAAAAGAAAAAGCUAAGAAGAAGGCUGAAAGAGAAGCUCAAUUAGCUAAAGAAAAGGCUGAGAGAGAAGCACAAGCUGCCAAUGAUCCAGCCAAAGAAAACUAUGGUAAAUUACCAAUGAAUAAUUCUUCAACCAAGACUGAUCAAGUCAGAACUAAUAUUGAAGGAUUAUCCGCUGCCGAUGAUGGUAAAGAAGUUAUCUUAAGAGCUAGAGCUCAUAAUUCCAGACAACAAGGUGCUACCAUGGCUUUCUUAACUUUGAGACAACAAUCCAAUUUAAUUCAAGCUUUGAUCAAAUCAAAUGGUGAAUCAAUUUCCAAACAAAUGGUUAAAUGGGCCGGAUCAAUUAAUUUAGAAUCUAUUGUUUUAGUUCAUGGUAUUGUUAGAAAAGUUGAUGAACCAAUUAAAUCAGCCACUGUUCAAGAUGCCGAAAUUCAAAUCACCAAAAUUUAUACUAUUCAAGAAACCCCUGAACAAUUACCAAUGUUAAUUGAAGAUGCUGCUAGAUCUGAUGCUGAAGCUGAAGCUUCUGGAUUACCAGUAGUUAACUUAGAUACUAGAUUAGACUCAAGAGUCAUUGAUUUAAGAACUCCAACCAAUCAAGCUAUUUUCAAAAUUCAAUCAGGUAUUUGUUCAUUAUUCAGAGAAUUUUUAUCUAAGAAGGGAUUCACUGAAAUCCAUACUCCAAAAAUCAUUGCUGCCCCAUCUGAAGGUGGUUCAAAUGUUUUUGAAAUUACUUAUUUCAAAGGUAAAGCUUACUUGGCCCAAUCUCCUCAAACUUAUAAACAACAAUUAAUUGCUGCUGAUUUUGAAAGAGUUUUCGAAGUUGCCCCAGUUUUCAGAGCUGAAAAUUCAAAUACCCAUCGUCACAUGACCGAAUUCACUGGUUUAGAUUUAGAAAUGGCAUUUGAAGAACAUUAUGAUGAAGUUAUUGAUGUUUUGGCUGAUUUAUUCGUUUUCAUUUUCAGUGAAUUGAAAUCUAGAUUUUCUAAAGAGAUUGCCACUGUUAGAAAACAAUUCCCAGUGGAAGAAUUCAAAGUUCCAGCCAACGGUAAAAUGGUUAAAUUACAUUUCAAAGAAGGUAUCGCUUUAUUAAGAGAAGCUGGUAAAGAAGUUGAUGAUUUUGAAGAUUUGUCAACUGAAAAUGAAAAAUUAUUAGGUAAAUUGGUUAGAGAAAAAUAUGAUACCGAUUUCUAUAUUUUGGAUAAAUUCCCUCUCGCUGUUAGACCAUUUUACACUAUGCCCGAUGCUGAAGAUCCUCGUUAUUCUAACUCUUAUGAUUUCUUUAUGAGAGGUGAAGAAAUCUUAUCUGGUGCUCAACGUAUUCAUGACGCUAAAUUCUUGAGUGAAAGAUUGAAGGCCCAUGAAGUUGAUCCAAAUGUUCCAGGUAUGAAAGAAUAUGUUGAUGCUUUCAACUAUGGUUGUCCUCCACAUGCUGGUGGUGGUAUUGGUUUAGAAAGAGUCUUGAUGUUCUUCUUGGACUUGAAAAACAUUCGUCGUGCUUCCUUAUUCCCAAGAGAUCCAAAACGUGUUACUCCAUAG